AUGCUGACGCCACAAGUCACAGACGGGGAGUGCAGAGAGGAGUUGCGCACCGCCAUCUUUCGUGUGCGGCUGCUGCUUGCAUUGCAUGGGCUUACGGACGCCGAUGACCAUGAUGGGCAGGAGAGCACAGUGCCCGCGGGGCCAAUGCCACUGUCAUCGCUGCGGGAAAGCACCGCGUGUUUCUACAGUAACGCCCUCCGCUCCGUGGACCUCGAGGAUGGAAGCAGUGAGAAGUGUCAGUUGGACGGGAACAAAGUGCUGGGGCACACGCGUGACACACAUAGCGAGGGGAUGGAGGAAGAAGAGCGAGAGAAGUUCGUUGUCACACAGGCCUUGCCGCUUCCACCGCUGCGCUGGCUCUUCCCGACGCUGCAGCAGCGACUGGAAGCAGUGGAGAAGAGACGAAGUAGGCGACAGAAACGUGCCGGCCGUAUCCCGAAGCGAGGUUGGUUUCGAAGUAAUCCUGUCGCCGCAGCUGCAGCCGUCGUGUGUGGUGAUAUUGAUGACUCCAAUGAUGAUCAUCAGGAGGAAAACAGUAGUCAUCAUGCACGCACGAGCAUUUCCUCCACUCUUACCUUGACGGGUGAUCACAGUGACAGAAGCAGCUCACAAGACACAUACUCGGUGUCCCAUGCCUCUACUGAUGAUGUCUACAUUCAUAAAUUGGCACAUGAGCAUGGGUCGCCCCUCAAUACCUCCAGCACCGUUCAUCGCCGUUGGGGUUCUGCAUCCAUUACUGCUGGAGGUACACGUGCAAAUUUUUUAUCGAGUCCUUCACUACCACAAUCGGCGGUGCCUGCUUUUGUUGGUGCCUGCAGCGAGAGCACGGCGAUCACAGCACAGAUGGAGUUUGAUAGAAUUGGCACAGGCAAAGAGGCACCAUAUACGUCGUACCUUUUUUCGCCUGAGGCGCGUAUUGUGGACCUGAGCACGCUGCUUGUAGCCACCGACAAGAGGCAUGAAACUGACAAGCAUAAGGCUGCUGCGGAUGCUUGUAGGGGCGAUGGAUGCACGCGAGUGCGUUUCUCCCCAGAGGGAGAUUGUUAUAUUGUAGGCACGGAACGGGGCAAGUUGUGGUUUGUGCAGGUGACUGCCAACCCGGGCGGCGUCAUCACAACCACUGCUGGGGCGCCGCUCCUGCUUCAGGGCCACAGCGGUGCCGUCACAGAUAUUGCCUUUGAUGAUGUGGGCACAUGUUUUGCUUCCGCGGGGGCUGACGCCUGCGUUAUAUUGUGGAGUCAGCGAAUGCCGACCAAGGUCCGCCGUAUCAACACCGAUGGUGUUGUGCCUGUUGCAGUUCGAUUUAUGCCAAAGAACAACAACUACAUUAUAGUUUCACUUCCGCAGCAGCAUCUGCUUUGUCUCUACAACACCUCCACCGGUUUUUCUGUGACGCGCAAGGGGCAGCUCAUACGUGUGCAGGCCACAGCGUUGGCAGUGGAGCCCUGCACCGAUCCUUUUCUUUUUUUAGGAGACGCUAACGGGGCCAUCACCGUUUGGCGGUGCCGCGUGAGCAGCGUUGACGGUGUGGCAUGCCCCUCCGUCGUGACGGUGGAUGCAAAAGAAGCAAGGCAACGACGGCGGCCAGACAACAUAUCUCAGUCGUCGCUGUUACAAGCAUCAUAUUCCUUCAAAUCAACAGCGCCGCCACCAUCUUUAUUGCGUAGUGUAGCAAUGGCGGCAGGGUCAUCCGCAGUCAGAGCACACAGCAAAAAUGAAAGGCGACGAGAGCUUGUGGCGACCUCAAUAAUGGAGGGUCAGCCGCAAUUCGAGAAGAUAGCGGGGUGCAUUGUGGAGAAGGGGACACCCGUAGCAUCUUUGGUGGCGAGUUCCAUGAAUCACCAACAGUUUCAUUGUCUUUUACGUGCUCAACACACGGGCCAAGAAAUCCCUGAGAGAAGCACAGUCAAAAAGUGGGCAGCAGCUGCACUCGGAGGUGGAUGGCCACUAAAUAAGGUAAAAAAGUUAUCUACCCAAACGGAUGCUAAAAUUUCAUCCCGGACAGCCUAUGCCAUGAUGUUGCUUGCCUCAUUUACGCAGGAUCGAUUGGUAAUUCUUUCCGUUCAGCCAAGCAAAUCUACUCCUCGGGAAUACAAGCUGAUUCCUAUGCUAAGUAUGACAGGCACAUGUCGUAUCCGCCAAAUGUCAGUAGGUACUUCCUUUUGUGUGGACAAUAUGCGCUGCCCCACAAUCUCGUGUACCUGUGAAGAAGGGUUUGUUUACAUCGUCGCCUGUACACCGGCACGCCCAUUUGUUUUGAAGGAAGAGACCACGAAGAGAAGUUGCCCCACGGCAUCCAGGCCAGUUCAGUGGAGCGUCAUGGCAACUCUGCCGGUGCCAUGUGGCGGUAUUCCGCGCAGUCUAGCAUGGUCGCCCGAUAUGGGCCUUCUUGUGGCGGUGACAGAAGAAGGCAUGUUGUAUGAGUGGCGGCGCGUCCACCUGCACCACGAUGAGUUUUGGCGCAGCGGUGAGGAGCCUUAUCGCGAUGACGAUGACUCCACCGGUGUCCCCCGCACUCUGGAUGAGGCGGAAGAAUGGCGUAUUUGUUUGCAUCGGGAAAGAGAACGACAAAUGCGCCGCUACCGCGCACACGGGGGAACCGAUGAGUCUGGCGACAGUUCGUUGGGCGGCUUAAACGAUUGGUGGAAGGGAAGCGGGGAUUCCAUGAGCCAAAGUUGGGGGCAGUCGCCUCCGUAA